CUACCUGUUACAUGCAUUCAUGCUCCGUACACUGCGCGCAAGGACAUUGCAACUUUAUCCCUAUCUUGAUUGAAAGUGGAACAUAGAAUAAAUAAUGUGCAGAUAUAGUUAAGGGCAAAAUACAUGUUAGUUUGACAUCGACACAGAAGAUGCAUGUUUUGGACACUCCAUAAAAGUGCCUUCGAAGAUUGUUUAUAGCAACGACAUGACUACAGCAACAGUCUUGGUAUCCAUCCCUGCUGUAUCGUUCCAUGUGGCUGACCUCUCUGCUCCAGCAUGUCUCGAGUGUCCUCCACCCCCAGGUACAGCCCCAGCUCCAACCCCCUGGGCUACUACAGCACUUAUGAGCCCACCAUGAGCUACCCCCGUAGGGGAUCAGAGCUUCUCCACCUCCCGUUCCCAUCUUCCAUGUGCGCCAUCUCCACCUCCAGGAACCUGGGCCUCACCAGCCCCAGUCACAACCACAGAGGGCCAGAGAGGGGGAGAGCCCAGCUACCCCUCCCCAGGAUCGAGGUCCCCCAGGCAAGUCGGCGCAGUGAAAGCUUCAGCCGAGCCCUGUGUGCCACCAACAAAUGGCGGCCGGUUGGGGAGCGUAUUAACACCAAUGGUAGUAGGGGUCUCUCGCCGACUCGCCAGGCGUACCUUAUGGUGUCCACCUCGCCCUUGUCCCGCCGGCAUCGCUUGGUCAGCCAGUCGAUCCUCACCCAGGACCUGGCCUCCAUGGGGCUGUCUGACCAGCAGCCCUGCCCUGCCAUCAGAGGACGGAGUCCAGCCAGAGCUGAUUACUAUAGCUUUCCCUACUGGGUCUCUGAGAACUCCAAGAGUCCUCAAGGCCUGGUGGGACUGAGAAACCUCGGCAACACCUGUUUCAUGAACUCAAUCCUGCAGUGUCUGAGCAACACUCCUGACCUGAGGGACUACUGUCUGAGGAACACGCACCGCACCGACCUCAACAACAACUGCAGGGCCAAGGCCGCUCUCAUGGAGGAGUUUGCCAAACUCACUCAGACCCUAUGGACGUCAGUCAGCAGCGAGGCCAUCAGUCCCUCAGACUUCAAGACCCAGAUCCAGAGAUACGCGCCCAAAUUUGUGGGAUACAAUCAGCAGGACGCUCAGGAGUUCCUGCGUUUCCUAUUGGACGGCCUCCACAACGAGGUCAACCGGGUCACAGUGCGGCCCAGGCUCCCGGCCGAGGACAUUGACCACCUCUCUGACAAUGAGAAAGGGAAGAAAAUGUGGAACAAAUACCUAGAGAGAGAGGACAGCAAAGUGGUCGAUCUGUUUGUUGGCCAGCUGAAGAGCUCUCUGACCUGCAGUGAGUGUGGUUACUGCUCCACAGUGUUCGAUCCAUUCUGGGACUUGUCACUACCCAUCGCUAAGAAAGGUUCAGGGGAGGUGAGUCUGACAGACUGCAUGCGAUUCUUCACCAAAGAAGAUGUACUGGAUGGAGAUGAAAAACCGACAUGCUGCAGGUGUAAAGCCAGAAGGAAAUGCACGAAGAAGUUCACCAUCCAGAAGUUCCCCCAGAUCCUUGUGCUUCACCUCAAGCGCUUCUCAGAGAACCGCAUCCGAACCAGUAAACUCUCUACCUAUGUCAACUUCCCCCUCAAAGAGCUGGACAUGAGGGAAUUUGCCUCCGAGAACAGCAUGAAUGCAGUGUAUAAUCUCUAUGCGGUGUCCAACCACUCUGGGAACACACUGGGUGGCCACUACACAGCCUACUGCAGGAACCCAGCCCUGGGGGAGUGGUACAGCUACAAUGACUCCAGGGUGAGCCCCAUGUCAUCCAGCCAGGUCCGCAGCAGUGAUGCCUACGUGCUCUUCUACGAGCUGGCCUCCUCCUCUCAUUCACGCCUGUGAAGCUACAUGUCAUGGACAUAUAGGCUACGUAAAGCCUGGCACCCUGGUCAUACUUCUAAUAUAUGGACUACAUAGAUCUACACAGUGCCUGGAUCCUAUGCAACGAGCCUAAAAAGCCUGUGCCUGGUCUGAUAGUUGACUUUUGAGCCUUGCUCUGUAUAUAUGUAUACAGUAGCCCUUGGCACCAUGGAUUCAGCUACAACACAUAGGCUGCAAUGCCAGGAUACAGAUAUUGAGUUGAGGUUCAACCAUAGCGGUUCUCCCGGGGACGUUGGGAAGAGUGGGUGUGUGCGUGCGCAGUCGCCAUGCCGAUGGUGAAAAUAUUUUUUUAUAUAUUUUUCAAUGCACUACAACGAGGUCUCUAAGACCCUAAGCCGGAUUUUCGUCAUUCACUUCAAGGUCACCACUGAGACAUGAAAGAUUAUCACCUGACCUUCCGUUCUGUAAAUGAUUCUAUUUAAACAAGCGUCACCAUAUUUGUGACUUUAGAGAUGGAUGACUGUCUAGCACCAUCUGGGGUAGAACGAGGUCAGUGUUUGUAUGUACAGUUGUAAAAGGCUUAAACAUAACUAGGAAUGACUUCAAACAGUAUUUGACCUGGGUUCCUAUACUAUUUCCUAUACUAUUUGAAACUCUUUCUACUUUGAGGUAUUGCUUAAGCCUGCCUGGGGUGCCAGGCUUGCAGGGUUUGCAGAGCACGUUUGUGACUUCAUUUGUUCCAUUGCAACAGGAGAGCUUAAUAAAGCACAGCUGAAGUAUUUGUAAUGAUUUUAAAUAGUAUUUGAACCCAGGGUCAUAUUUAUUAGUGUAAAUAAUAAAGAUGGGUGUUUUGCUACAAAAACUAUAGUUUGUUAUUAGACAAAUUCGGCUAAUCCCUAACCCAUUUGGUCUGUUACCACUUUACCAUUAUGGAGAUGUGGAUGUCUAAUCAGAUUGCAUUUUUCAGCAAAAUGAAUGGCAAUAAUUAAUUUAGAUGUCUUGUGCACCUGCCCCCCUAAAUGUCUAAAUGACCAAGGCCUGUAUCGAUAAAAUGUCUCACAGUAGGAUUGCUGAUCAAGGACUAGGUCCCACCUGUCCAUACAAUCUUAUUCAUUGUGAUAUUAUAAAUCAAAAAACUGAUCCGAGACCAGAACUCCUACUCUGAGACUAUUUGUGAAUACGGGCCAUGAGGUCAGUCCUGAUCCACCGGUGGGGGGGUGGUCUCCCCACUAACAUACUCCCAUGGGAGAUUGUGUGUGAGUCCAAGUCUAAAUCUUCUCAGUAGCAGCAGCUUGGCCCAAACACAGUGGGUAGUUGUAGUUUUGCGUGGGGCUAAUUUGGAGGUAACCUGCCUGCUGCCUUUCGUGCUCUCUUUCUACCGCUCUCUCUACUCUCUGUCUCUCCCUCUGAACUCUGUUUCUCUUCUCUCUCCCUCAGCCUGCCUCUACAUCUAGGUCAGUCACCCCAUUUCUCUCCUCAGUGACCUCUGGCUGGAGACUAAUCCUUAUGUCACUGAUCUUGUUAAUGUGGGUAUUAAAGAGAGAGAGGGUGUGUGUGGGUGCAUGUACAGUGGGGCAAAAAAAGCAUUGUCAGCCACCAAUUGUGCAAGUUACAGACAAAAUAAGAAAAAAAAUACAGAAAAUCACAUUGUAGGAUUUUUUAACUCCCAGCCAACAUAACUAUACAAAAUGCAGUAAUGUGCACAAAAAUCGUCCCCAGUGAUAAAACGCAGUGCUGAAUGAUAGACUGAAUCUAAAGGUUUUAAAGUGGAGGCUGCCGCAUGCAUGUAGAUUAUAUCACCAUAAUCAAGUACUGGGAGAAGCAUGGCUUGAACAGAUCUUCCUUCAACUUUCCAAAGUGAGGCAGGAUUUAUUUAUCUCGGUGCUCCCUCUCCGGUGCUUCCUCUCCCUUGUCCCAACCUCUGUCUCUUCUGCUUCCACUCAUCUUCCUUUUCUCAAGGCUGGUGAGUGCAGCUUAGAUGCUUUAGUUGAACAGGGUGCUGUGUUGGAUUAAUACCCCAGAGUCUAAAUUGAAUUAGCAGAGGACAAAAAUCGCCAUCGUGUUUAGGAAGCAGCUCUUCAGAGCCGGAUUCAUUUUUUUAUGGGCUGCUCGCUUAGCGGCAGAGUGGACGAGAAAGAGGCAAAGAGAGAGGGAUGUUGUUCCUUUCUCGCUUCCUCAAUCUGGGCAUUAAAUGCCAUGUGACAUAUAGGGCUCCACAUUUGAUCUCACAAGGAGCCCCCUCACACUGAUAUAGGCCUUGAAGGACACGCGCGCGCACACACACACACACGUACAGUUGAAGUCAGAAGUUUACAUAUGCCUUAGCCAAAUACAUUUAAACUCAGUUUUUCACAAUUCCCGACAUUGAAUCCUAAAUAUUCCCUGU